AUACAUAUAUCUGUGUGUGUGUGUAUAUAUUUGUGUAUUUCAAUUUGCGAUACACGUAUCACACCUCACACCAUAGACCGUAUCACAAACUGUCAUCGAAGGUUAGCUAAAAACACGUAAAUAUAAAUAACGAGUGACUUCAAGCAAAUUAUAUACGAUAACACGAUUGUUCUUCAACGAAACGUGUUAAUUUUUAACAAAAAUAGUUCCUUUUUUUUCAUGAGCGUGAAAUAAAAUAUUGAGAAUGGAACGAAAUUUGGUUAAAACAUUGGAUGACAUGUAUACUAAAGAAGGCAUCAUUGGCUGUAUUUUAGUAGAUCAUUCUGGUCUUUGCUUAGGAGAUUUUGUAGUUAAAGGUGAUGCGUCAAGUGACAGUGCAGGCUUGAUAGCAGCUAUAUCGGGUCUAGUUGCAAAAUUAGAGCCUAAAUCUAAGGCACCGAUCAUAUCGCUUCAAAACGAGAGCAAACAAUGUAUUAUACAUCGUAUGGGUCCUGUAGUUGGUGCUGUAUAUAAAGAUAUAUCGACUUGAAAUAAUUACUUGUUACAUACAUGCCUGAAACUCGUUUAUAUCUGAAAUAAGAUGCGUCUAGGAAUAUUCUGUUUAAACUAAAA